UCACGAGCUCGCUUGUCACGGUUGCAGAGGAGGGACUAAAUUACACCAGUGCGCGAGUCUGGGUGCAUCUGAGUGUGCGUGGGUAAUUCACAGCAGAUGACCAGUUGAGGGGAUGGAGGUUUACUGGGGACGUGAGCGUUUCCGCAGACGGCUCAAAUACAUUUAAGCUGCGGGGUGAUGGAGCCUUUGCCCGGCGCAUGAGUGCGGAUGCGAUUGCGCCUGAUAAAGCGGACGCGAAUGCCGCACCGGUGUCACCAGCGCCGUGGGGAUGGAGACCGACUAUUUCCUGGCAGGGAUCUGCGUGGUCCUGCUGUGCCUCCGUGGUUUCGCCUCCCCGGGAGUUUGUCCCGACCGCUGUGACUGCCAGCAACCACAGCGUCUCACGUGCGCCAACAGAGGUUUGCGCUUUGUGCCACCUCAAAGCGGCGACCGGGAAGAGGUGCUGGUCUUGAGUCUUGGGGGCAACUUCAUCGGAAACAUCUCUGCAGUCGACCUGGGAAGCUUCACCGGUUUAGUACGCUUGGAUUUACAGUUCAAUCAAAUCCAAAGCAUCCAUCCUAGAGCAUUUGAGAAACUGUAUCAUUUGGAGGAGCUCUACUUGGGACAUAAUCAUUUAUCUGAGAUUCACACUGGGACUUUGCAGCCCUUGAAGAAGCUGACAGUCCUUUAUGGGAAUAAUAAUGACAUCAUUGAAAUAACGCCGGGGCUUUUUGACACUUUGGACCGUCUUGUUAAGUUGCGCUUGGAUGGCAACAAAAUUCAAAGUUUGCAGGAUUCACUUUUUAAAGACUUGGACAAUCUGCGCUAUCUUCAUCUGGAGUCUAAUCAGCUGCAACACAUUCACAGAAAUGCCUUUUCUAAACUUGCCAACCUGCGCUUUCUCAACCUGUCCCGCAAUAAGCUGCCCGCCCUGCGUGGUGCUCCCACCUUUGCGCAUCUCACGGCCUUGACAACUUUACUGCUGUCUGAAAAUGAGAUCCAACACGUCGGCAAUAAAGUUUUCCACAAUCUAAAAAAACUGUCCACAUUAUCUCUCUGUAACAACAGGAUUGCUCAUCUGCACAGGGGUACUCUGCUCGGUUUAUCAAGCCUCCUCUCGAACUCCCUCCCCUUAUCCCAAACGGGGCAAUUCCUUAACUUUUCUCCUCUCUCCCCCCACUCCCAAUCCUAUAGUAGUUGA